AUGAGGACGGUGGCCGACGUGUCCACCGACGACCUGGUCAGUAGUCUCCUUAACUCCGUCACCACGGGGGGAUCCUCGACGUCCUCAACCACAUCCACCACCCCGUCCACCUCGACCGGCACUUCGCCCACCACUUCGUCCACCUCGGCAACAAGGACUUCAGCACCUCCGUCUGUUUCUUCCUCGACGCUUUCUUCCGCUUCAGCGUCGCAAAGUGCGUCUUCCUCCUCAAACGAUGCGUCUCCGGCCACAGACGCCCCGGAUACGACGAGUGCGGUCACCACUGCACCAGCCACCACUGCUCCUUCUCCAGCUGAUUCUUCUUCUACAGGUGCAGGCGAGACAGCAACAAAAGGCACGACAGAAGGCAGCGACGACGGAGGUGGCGGCGGCGGCAGCGGCGCCGGCCUCUUUAUCGGUAUCGCUCUGGGAGUCUUGGCCCUCGUGAUUGCCGCCUUGUUGUUCAUGAGAUCACGCAGGAAACGCUCGCAGAAAGAACGCGAGUCGGCUUCUUCUCCUCCGGCAGAAACCACAUGCUUAGCGGUGCCGGCCGAUCGAGGCUUCAAGAAGGAACAGGAACUGGGCUUACCGGAAAUGUCCAUCGAGCUCACACCGGGAGAGCUAGGCAUGUCCAAGGGCUUCGACAUGAGCUAUGCCAGCUCGACGAGAUCCAGCGCCACCAGUCAGCCGUACAACUCCAGUCUUGCGAGCAGCACUGACAGUAGCGUUUUUAACACAAGAGGAGGCGUAAGCCCAACAUUUAGCAACCGCAAGAUGGCCAGCUACUCGUACCAGUACCGCGAGUCGGAGGAGAACGGCAACGUCAACCCCAACACGUCAUCGGCACGCAGUAAUGACAGUACAACGUUCCAUCUUACGGGUUUGAUCGGCAACGGAGCAACAGCAAGUGGCCGGGGACCCAGCAAUCAGACCCGUGGCCGGAAACUUUCGGCUCCGGACGAGUACGCAGAAUUGGUGACGGCCACAAAUGCACACGGCAAAGUUGACAUGAACGCGCACAACCAAGCGCCCCUGGCGAUGCACGCAGACUUCACACAGAGCACCGCCAGUCAGAACGAAAUGAACGUCAGCAUGGGACCGGACAAUGACAACCACAGUUUCUUGGCGCCACUUCCGACACGACCGGCACCUGCGCCGGCAUCUCGUCCGACACCGACCAUUGUCCGUGCCUCUGAGGAAAGCAUGGGUCCGGACUCGCCUGUAGCUGGCCGUGGCAAGCGGACAGGAUCUGUGUAUGACACGAUCCCGAACUUGUCGGGAGAGAAGAUGUCGGCGUCUGCGUCGACGCGGAGUUCAGUGGAAGACCCGAACGCCAUGUCGACCGCUUCGUUCCUGUCCGAGUCGUCGAUCUCGUCUACGUCGACCAGAGACAGUGUGGCCACAUCAGCUCGAGGCUCGGCGUACGUCUCUUCGAUGCCCUUGCUGCAACAGCUUUCAAGUGCCGACGACAGCGACUACGCGCCAACACGGCACGCUCCGGUUCGCUCAUCGCAAUGA